CCGCAACUCCGUUCUGUACAUACAUAUAAAUUUAAGAGACAUAUUUGUUAUAUGGUGACAUCAUUCGAUGAUAUAGCGGCGACUUAAUUCCACACAAAAGGAAAAUACUUAUUCUUAUAAUCUGUGUUCUUAUUACAACCAAAGUUUUUCUUAAUUAGCUCCAAAUGGAAAAACCCACAGUUUUAAUUUUGGGAGGUUGCGGCUUUGUAGGCCGAAAUUUAGUUUCGUACUUAAUUAAUAAUGACCUAGCAAGUGCCAUAAGAGUUGUGGAUAAAGUACCACCCCAGGUAGCAUGGCUAAAUGAAAAUGAACUAAAUUACUUUAACAAUGAAAUUGUAUACCAAAGUGCCAAUCUUAUUAAUCCAGAAUCCUGCAAAAACGCGUUUAAAACAGAUUCUAAAUGGGAUUUCGUAAUAAAUUGUGCUGGGGAGACUAAAUCUGGCCACACUGAUCCAGUUUAUAAUGAAGGAAUACUCAAAUUAAGUCUUAAUUGUGCCAAUGAAGCUGCCAAUCACAAUGUUAAACAUUAUAUUGAGUUAUCUUCAGGGAACAUGUAUUCAAAUGAAAAAACACCCCUUAAGGAAGAUGCUGCUGUGGAACCAUGGACAAUGGUGGCAAAAUGGAAGAAGAAGGUGGAAGAACAACUAAAUGACAUUCCUAACCUAAAAUAUACAAUUUUAAGAGUCCCGAUUGUAUAUGGUAUUGGAGAUAAGACUGGUCUGACCCCAAGACUUAUGGCUGCAUCUAUUUAUAAGCACAUGGGCGAGACAAUGAAGUUGUUGUGGAGUGCAGAUUUAAAAAUAAACACUGUUCAUGUUUUGGAUGUAUGUAGGGCUAUAUGGUUUGUUUUAAACAGAGAGGACACUAUUGGACAGAUAUUCAAUGUUGUUGAUGAUGCUGACUCAACCCAAGGCUCAAUAUCAAGCCUUUUAAAAGAACUAUUCAAUAUUAAAAUAGAAUAUUAUGGAAGUAUCAUCUCUUCCUUGGUAGAUUUGGUGGGGGCUGCGGAUGACGCUAACGACAAGCAUGUACUGCCUUGGGCGGAGGCCUGCAGAAAAGAUAACGUAGAAAAUACACCGCUGACUCCGCAUAUGGACCAUGAAAUGUUAUUACACAAACAUUUGAGAUUAGAUGGGUCUAAAUUAAAGAAAUUGGGUUUCCAAUUGGAUGUUCCCUGUCCAACUGUGGAACAGUUUAGGAAAAUAUUAAACGAUUUCGUUAAGCUAAGGAUUUUUCCUCAAUCUUUGCUUCCAUUAUAAUAAGGCAGAAAGUAUUUUAAGGAAUAGUUUGAUGAAUUUGUAAGCUUUACUCCUAGAUUAUUUAUUUGUUAUGUUAUAAACUUAAAAAAUAUUCAAACAAAAAUAUAGAA